AUCUUGCACAAUACACUGUGCAACUAUUAGACUCCCUCAUUUCCUAUUCAGCCCCGCACCCUUUCUUUUCUAUCCCUCAACCUUCAACUCCUAGGUACUCUCCUACCUCUUCCUCAUCAUCUGGAUGCGCAUUUCUAUCGGUGUUUCCAAACCUCGCUAGUACCUUCCUCGACUCCUCUGAGAUUAUCAAAUCAGUCAAGUGCUAUCUCUUUGAUAGUUGUCAAUUCCUAUAUUAUACACAUUUAAGCUCCUUACCUCAGCAAAUUCCUCUCACAUGCCCUCAGGCUGCGACUUCAAUUUAUUAACCAAUAUUUCAAAAUAUAGCCGUCUUUACUUCCAGUAUUCAAACUAUCAACUCGCAAUUUAAUCGAUAAGACUUGACAAAGUUCCGCCACAAUCUUGAUUUAGUUACCAUGGACGGAUUUAACCCCUAUAACGGCAAGCCUCCAUCUAACGGCUCCGGCUCCCAGGGCGAUGCUGGUUCCCAAGGUGCUAGCGGUGCCCCUGGUGUCUCCCAACAAGGCCUAUCCUUGGCUCAGACUAACGGCCAAUCUGGCGGUGACAUGACGCAGCCCUUCCCUGCUGAUUCUGCUCGUCAGACCCUUUGGAUGGGAGAACUAGCGGGGUGGAUGGACGAGGGCUUCAUUCGCACGUUAUUCCAGUCGACACUCAACGAAAUCGUGCAGGUUAAGAUCAUCCGAGAUCGUCACUCUGGGAGUGCCGGUUAUUGCUUCGUCGAAUUCGCCACCCCGGAGGCUGCCCAGAAGGCUCUACAGCUAAACGGUACGCCCAUUCCCAACACCGACCGUGUUUUCCGUUUGAAUUGGGCUUCUGGUGGAGGUCUUAUUGACCGUCGGGACGACCGAACUCCCGAGUUCUCGAUAUUUGUUGGAGAUUUAGGUCACGAAGUCAAUGAGUUUGUCUUGGUCGCUCUGUUCCAGGCACGAUUCCCUAGCUGCAAGUCAGCUAAAAUUAUGACCGAUCAGCAAACUGGUCAGUCACGAGGCUAUGGUUUCGUCAGAUUUUCCGAUGAAAAAGAUCAACAACGUGCGCUGGUGGAGAUGCAAGGCGUUUAUUGCGGCAAUAGGCCUAUGAGGGUCUCGCCUGCGACUCCUAAGAACCGCAAUCACCAGGGAGGGCAGUACAACCCCUACGGCCACCAGAUGGUCCAACCCCCCCAAGUUCCGCACCAUGCUGGCAACAUGGGUGGCCAGUGGGUACAGCAGCAGCAACCGCCUAACUAUGGCUACCAGCAGCCCGGAACGUUUAACCCGUUGACGAUGAACCAAUUUACAGACCCGAACAAUACAACUGUUUUCGUCGGAGGUCUUUCUGGCUAUGUGACCGAAGACGAACUAAGAUCGUUUUUCCAGGGUUUCGGCGAAAUUACCUACGUUAAGAUACCACCUGGCAAGGGCUGCGGUUUUGUUCAGUUUGUUCACCGUCACGCCGCGGAGAUGGCAAUCAAUCAGAUGCAGGGCUACCCAAUUGGUAACUCACGGGUUCGUCUGUCUUGGGGUCGUUCUCAGAACAAUUCUGGUGUAGGUACCCCGUAUCGUCCUGCCCCUCCCCCGCCUCAUUACUUCCCCCCUGGACCUCCUGGCCCACCUGGUCCCGGUCCGUUUGCCGGUCCUAGCUUUGGUGGCAGCGGUCAUCAGGGCCCUCCCCCUGGCGGCUUAGGUCCUCAGUAAACCCGCUCGCAACAAUUCAGCACCCGGUAUGAAUUGUCACACUUGGUAU